UUUAUUUUGCCUACAGUACCUGUAGCUUGAAGUGUUGGGGUCAAAGUGCAUCAGAGUAAGGAAGUAAAUCCAGCAGUCUUUAGAGGAAGUAUGUCACUCUCUCUGCACUUUGUUUUUCUGCUCCUGACUGCUCUUUGGGGCAGCAGUUGCUUUGCCAAGCCCGCCCCAUUCAACGUGUCCAUGGAGGGUAGUGGGGAUGAACCCGAACUCAUCUUUCCCAUUGCUCGUACCACCCAUGGUCCUCCAUCCCCCUCGCCACCUCCCAACAUAACAACCACUUUCAUCCGCAUCAAAGACUUUCUUUUCAACCAGGUGGUGGACUUCCUGAAGGAGAACUUGCUUCUCAUCAUUGUCGUGACCUCUCUGUUAGUAGUCAUCAUCUUCAUUGUCUGCUGUGCUUCAGCGAUGAGCCACAAACGCAAGCUUGAGGCCUACUAUCCUCCGAAGACCCACACACCCAGGAAAUACAUGAGUCAACCUAGUAAAUCUGCGGAGAAACCACAUAACCAGAUUCAGGAUGGUAAGACAACAACUGCAAAGACCCUACGAGAACCCACCAAAGCAUUAGUUGGUGAGAAGGAUGGAAAAGACCCCCGGCCAAAGCCGAAAGAGGUCCAACAGGUGGAGGAUGUUGAAGUGGUGGAGAUGCAGAAAGAUGAGCCUCAGAAGAAAGAGGAGCAUCAGCCAACCACCUCAAACGCCACCUCCAGUCAGCCGCUGGUCUGUACGUGUCACCUCAGAAAGGCCAAUCACACCACAGCCUGAGAGCUUUUUCUGAACCAAAUGUUUCUAUAUAAAUCUUUUAAUAGAUAGCAUGCCCUCACUUCUUUGUGCUCUUGUUGCUUUUGCAACCUGUGUAUAUCCCAACUGUACUGUAUCAUCAGAGAGAGAGUGAGUUAUUAUAUGGAAAAUAACACUUGAAAUUAUUUUGUGAAUCAAUUUCUACUUUUGAGAGACUUGAGAAAAUGUCUUUUGGAACUUUUUUCUGACCACUUUCCUUUAUUAUAUUUUACAAAUGACAUGACUAUUUGCAUGGUAACCCAUAAUUUAUGCUGUAUCUUUCCUAAAGCUAUUAUCCGUGUGUUAUUUUAUCUAAACUUCAUGACUUUCCUCAGUAUCAGAUUUAAUUAGCUAAUAUUUUGUCAUGUAUGUUAAACGGAUUUUUAGU